AUGCAUAAGAACUCAGAUGCUAGCAAUGUAAACUGUCAUCACUGUAUAGGUUUCACUCUACAGAAUACCAGCAGUUUUAUUUUAUUUUGUUUCCAGGCACUUCAAGAUGGGAAGAAACCGAAGGCCACAUUACGUUCAAAUGCCAAUGAAAAUGUAGUGGUCCUCCCUGUCAAACAAAUUGUUUCCGAAUAUGAGCAGAAGGACGACGGUGAAGAAGAGGAAGAGGAAGAGAUUGAAGUUGAUUUAGACGAUGAAACAGACACCUCACAACAUAUUAACCCUAAGACCCUCAUCAAGAGGGGAGAAGUAUCGCAUGAAGGUGAUAUCUGGAACCUUCAAGAAGCUCCUGCAUCGGUCACAUUUUGUCGUGGAGCUGACACGAAACCAUUGCUCAUUGCAUGCUCAUUAUGGAGUCCCAGGACCCUCUCUCCACCCCUUGGCAGUAACGAAGUCUUGGUAAGCAACGUGAUUGAACUGUCACAUGAUGGUCCACCUGACCUGGAGUUCAGCGGGGAUGCCCAAGAAAGCGUUACUGUGGCUUUGAUGCACAGUGCCUGUAAUUUAAAAGGGUAUGAAGUUGUUAUCAAGCAGUUGGUUGACCUGGAAGACAAUGAAUGGAUAGAUUUGGAGACAGAAAACUUUUGGCAUACAUCAGCUAAGUCCACCCUUCCUCACUGGCUUUUUCCAGUUGCUGAAGCUGCAUGCACAAUAACACGUUAUUCCUCCUUUGCCGCAAUCUGGCGCCUCAAAACGUUCAUUUUCCGGAAGCCUAAGACUGUCACUGCUGAAUUUACUUGUACAGUGCCAGACUAUCCAGAUGUCAGUGUUUCAAUCCCUUGGAGUUCUGUGCCUGCCAUAGAAGACUUCUGUUNAUUUAUUCCUCUGAAGUCGACUUUAAAGUUUCUCCCUGACCAUUUGGAGUACGUUUCUAUGGCAAGCCUUGUCUUGCCAACGCCACUCGAUCCGUACAAAUUGACAACACUCGAACUCCCUGUCGUUAGCUUUGUCAUCACUUGCUUCAAGUCGUUGUCUCUUCCAGUCAGUUCCUCCCUUGUCUUUGUCUCUCGCUGGCGGACUGUUUUGAAACCUUGA